ACCACACACACACACCAACACACGCACACAACACACACACCAACACACACAUACACCACAUGCACACACACCACACACACACCACACACACAUUAACACACACACACCAACACACACACACAACACACACCACGCACACAACACACACACCAACACACACAACACACACAACACACACAACACACACACCCGCACUACUCUAGGCUGGAUUCUGGCUUCAGACUGGGGCCAAGAUCCUGGGUCAGGCCUGGGGGAGUGGCAGGUGUGGCUGAGCAUCAGAAGCAGGCAGGGCCCCUCUGUGGUCUUCAUUUGGGAAACCAAGAUGCUCACCCAGGGAGCAAGCCAUCACUAGCCACUUUAGGAGUGAAGGGACAUCCAGAGUUAGGAAACGGGGGCCAAGAGGGGGAAUGGCCAUGGUUCGGAAGUUCAGGGAGGGGACAGAGAUUCUGUGAGAGUUAGAAACUCAGUAAAGGGAUGGGAGUGGGAAGUGAAGACAGACAAGUGGCACGGAUACAAGGGCAUCUAUCCAUCCCCCCACCCCCAAGCUUUCAUUUUCCUGGGGAAAGACCCGGGCCUUGAAAUUGUGCAGCAGGAAGGUGGGACUCUAGCUCACUGGUUAGGACACCAAAGUUGCUGUGGGGUGUGGGGAAGGCUCGGUGUGCUGGGGGAACAGGAAUUAGGUUGGUCUAGUUGAUGGGAAGAUGCUUCCCCUUUCCCUUCACUCCCCUCCUUUCCCCUUAUCUCCACCAGACCAGCGACCAGGCAGUGCAGGAAAAUGGCCCUUUACUAGUUGUCAUGCCCCACCUUAUCCCAGUGUCCAGUUUUGCCAUUGGAGAUCCCCUGCCUAUAACUUGCUGUGUGAAUGCAGUCUCCUCAAGUCCCCUUACUGGGCCUCAGUUUCCCCAUCCAUACAAGAAGUGGGUUGGGCCAGUUGAUUUCUCAGGGCUAUUUCAAUCCUAUGAUUCUUGAUUUUGAGCUUUCCUUAAAGCCUGAGCAUCCGCUAUGUGCCAGGCCCUGACCGAGGCUGGGGGGUGGGGCUGGUGGGGGACCAAAUGGCCAAAGAGUAAUCUCCACCUAAGGACAAAGAGAUCUGGGUUCAGUAGAGGGGCUGUGGGAGGAGGUAGCAUUCAACCUGACAGUGUGAGUCAAGCCAAGGGACCAGUGUAAGAAAACACACAGAAGCAGGAGUUGGGGGCAUGUUCAGGGAUCAGGAAGAAGCCCAGGGUAGUUUCUGUAGGGAAGUGAGGCAGGAAAGCUAGGGUGAGGUGUUGAAUGCCAGGGUGAGGGACUGUUGGUAGCUGUCACUGAGGGGGGCUGUGCAAAGGUGGAGAGCCCAGGGACCCAACCUAAUUGCAGUGUGAAUGAUUUUGGAAGGUCCUGCCCCAAGCAGAGUUUAGAAUGCAGGCUGCAAUUCAAGCAUGGAAAUCUCCUCUUGGAUCAGGAAGUCCCACACUGGGAACUUCUUUGGGUGAGAAGUUGAGGGGUGGGGGAUGGAUGACCUGCCACAUCUUUGAGGUUUUUUCAAGAGGACAAGAUCUUGCUGGGAGACCUGCCCCUACUCUCCAAACUCCUCUCAUUUUACUUGACUUCCCCUUCAUGGCCUGUGUGUUGUGUGUUUUAGACUUCUCCACUAGCUUGACUUGUCUGACAUGAUGACCCACAUGUACCUUUGGUUACAUCCAAUUGUCACCUUGUUCCCACCCUCCCUUCCCCAAACCUGUCCCAGUAUUUCUAGAGAUGUGAGAAAGGAAAAUACUCCAGUGUCAGCUCUGAGGUCAAGGCCAGGCUUUGUGGCUGUAUUCAAGCCUCAGUCUAGGGUUAGAGUCCAGGACUCAAAUUGACCAGGGUCAGGGCCAGGUCAUAGUUCAGCCUGCAGCCCAAAAGCUCAGUGUUUAGCCUACACUUAGCCUUAGUGCUCAGUCUGGGGUCAGGAUCAGUGCUCAUGUGGCUAAAUUCCAGUGGGUACUUGGCUCUGCAUUUCCCAAGAGCUCACACACUCACAGGGGAGAUGAGGUGACUACCCUGGAAGUCCCAGGAACUUGGCCUGUGACUGACGGAGGAAGUUGCAUGGCCCAAUCCAUGCCUGCUGUAGGGGUCACCUAGCAGUGGUGAAUGAGACUAGAACCCAGGUCUCCAGCCUCAAAGCCUGGGGCUCUUAUCACCGUCCCCAAAGUCUGUUCGGAGACUGAGAUCCUUCAACUCUAAGAGGCAAAGCAAAUCCUUCUGAAUUCUGGAUGGGCCCAGCUGGGUGAUUUGACUGCAUUUUCCUACCUUCCAGUGCCGGGCACAUAGUAUGUGCUGUAGGAAUGUCUACUGAAUGUCAGGUGCAGUGGGAGGGGCCACCGGCUGUUCUGGUUUGUGUUUCAGGCUGGAGGAGGCUAGCUUGGGAGGAAGGAUCUCCAGCCACUGCUGGAGGAAGUGGUGCCGUUCUAGACCUGCCACCUCCCCCUCCCUCCAGUGCCUGCAGCCACACUCAGAGGCCACCCAGCUGGCCAUACGAGAGCUCUUUCCUUUCAGGGUAAUAAAAGGAAAGUACAUUUUUGGUAGAAAAGUCCCUUGUGCUCCCUGGGAAUCCCCGGUGGCCGGAUGGACUGCGGGAUAUCUCAGAGGAAGCCGAGGGUGGGGGCUCUCCCCCUAGCCCCAGGACAAUGCAGGCCGGCUCUCCCACGCUUUACCAACUAGCCCAUGGGAUCCCCAGAGGUCAUCUUGUCCAGGCCUCUGCCUCCUGCAGGGGCCUCUGCCUGCAGGAAGCCUCUGCCAGCUCUCUAAUGGUUCACAGCAAGUCUGAGGAGCACUUGUCUGGAGCCCAGGCCCAGCCCUCUCUCUGAGACACAAUGAAAGUGGAGAGGAAACUAAACAAGAUGGGAGGGCUGUGGACGCUUGGCAGGGGGAGCUAGGGUACCUGGAAAUAGGGCAGGAUGCUGGACUGUGGGGAUGAGGAGGAUUUAGAUUCCAGGCAGAGAAUUCCAGGCCAAAAGCCGAGAGGUGGGAGGGAAAUGAUGUGUUGGGAAAUCCAGCCCAUUUGGUAAGAACCUGACCACCAUGCUCCCCCAUGCCCUUGGCCCUGGCAGGGCAUCGGCAGGGCCUGCCCCUGGACCCCUGGCCCUCGGCCUAUCCUGGCCAUGGCGCUGUGCCUGAAGCAGGUGUUCGCCAAAGACAAGACGUUCAGGCCUCGGAAGCGCUUCGAGCCGGGCACACAGCGCUUUGAGCUGUAUAAGAAGGCGCAGGCGUCGCUCAAGUCGGGUCUGGACCUGCGCAGUGUGGUGAGGCUGCCACCGGGCGAGAACAUCGACGACUGGAUCGCCGUGCAUGUGGUGGACUUCUUCAACCGCAUCAACCUCAUCUACGGUACCAUGGCCGAGCGCUGCAGCGAGACCAGCUGCCCGGUCAUGGCCGGCGGGCCCCGCUACGAGUACCGCUGGCAGGACGAGCGCCAGUACCGGCGGCCGGCCAAGCUCUCGGCGCCUCGUUACAUGGCGUUGCUCAUGGACUGGAUUGAGGGCCUCAUCAACGACGAGGAUGUCUUUCCCACGCGCGUGGGAGUUCCCUUCCCCAAGAACUUCCAGCAGGUCUGCACCAAGAUCCUGACCCGCCUCUUCCGCGUCUUUGUGCAUGUCUACAUCCACCACUUCGACAGCAUUCUCAGCAUGGGGGCCGAGGCGCACGUCAACACCUGUUACAAGCACUUCUAUUACUUCAUCCGUGAGUUCAGCCUGGUGGACCAGCGGGAGCUGGAGCCACUGAGGGAGAUGACAGAGCGGAUCUGUCACUGAGCCCAGACCUGGACCUUGUUGCCCAUCAGAUGGACCAUCUGAACACAGAGUGGCCAGGGAGGGGGCCCUCAGAAGUCUGGUAGCAGAGGGACCUGAAGGCCCUGGGGCCCCUCCACACACCCAAAGCCCCUGGACUUCUGGUUCUCAGGAGUCUGCCCACAUGUCCCCCUGACUGUUUGUGAGUGGAGUAGGGAAGAGCUUAAAGGUGGGCAGACAGGUAAAAAGGAGCAGCUAAACCCUUAGCAUGAAGUCUAGUCUGCUCUGACACUUGACCCUUCCACGGUGGUUGCCAAGCCUGUUUGGGGAACGUGGAUGUGGCUGAAGUGACGGCAAGAAAGAUGCAAGAGCAUGAGCAGCCUGUGAGUGAGUGGACACGGAUGACACGUGUGUAUCGGUGUGUACGUGUAUGAUUUUGACUGUGGGGUGUGUCUGUGAGAGCUACGUGCCUUAGACUGUUCCUGGCACAUAGUAGGCCCUCCAUAAAUGUUAGGUAAAUUGAUGGAUGGAUGGAAGGGAAGGAAGGAAGGAAGUAGGGAUUAGGGCCAUCGGACCAUGACCACUUAGGAAUGAUGACGAGUCAGUCUCCCCAUUUGGUGUGUCUGACUGUGUGUGUAAGUGCACGAACUGUGGUGGUAGAUGUGGCUCCAUGUUUGAAUCUUCCAGGCUACCAUCUUCCAUCAGCAUGAGCUCUGGGGAGCCACUGAUGGGGGGAGGUAGGAAGGGGGGCCCUGCCCUGACUAAAAUCCUGGCCCACCAUAGGUUCUGAUUUGCUCAGCUAGAGAUGCCCAGGAGCUGUCAUUUCCCCCAUCCCUCUGCCUCCAGAAGGCCUGAUUAUAGAUAGCCUCAUGGGCGUCAGGGGUGAUUCUUCAUGUCCACAAAGAUCCCCAGUCCUUAAAUCAGGAAUUAUACACUCCAGUCUAGCUUCCUGAACCUCCAGAUGUGGUUGUGAGGAUCUGAAGCCCAGCACAAGAUCAUCCUCCAACCCACAAAGCUAGUGAGCUUGAAUUGGGAAGCUCCGGAGCCUUAUCUCCCACCUGGGACAUUGAGGACCACAUAGCUGUGAAUGGACUCUUCCAGGCUUGGAGAGCCCCCAUCCUGCAAGUGCCUGCCUCCUUCCCAACCAUCCCUGAAAUAUUCCAGCUGGUUGGAUCUCAGAGCAUAGCUGUCCACAGAGACACUGGCCAUGCCCAGCCCUGUGCCCAGACCCACAGGUGGGGAAACUGAGGCAGGGACAAGGCCCUCCUCUCCUGGAGACUCCAGGCUGGGGGGCCAGGAUGGAGAGCCAGAAGGAAUCUGAGGAUCAUCCAGUCUCACUCAGAA